UUGGGGCUUUGAGGGGGAGAGAAAAAUGAGUUUCAGAGAAGAUAGCGAUGAUGGAAGGGAUUUACGGAAGCCAUUCUUGCACACGGGGAGCUGGUAUCGAAUGGGUUCGAGGCAGUCAAGUAUGAUGGAGAAGCUCGGUUCUUCGGCUCAGGUCCUCCGAGACAACUCCGUCUCCGUUCUGUUCUGCGUCCUCGUCGUCGCCUUGGGCCCUAUUCAGUUCGGCUUCACUGCUGGUUAUUCUUCCCCUACGCAAGCUGACAUAAUCAGUGAUCUUGGACUUUCAGUCUCCGAGUUCUCGAUAUUUGGGUCUCUAUCCAAUGUAGGUGCCAUGGUUGGAGCAAUAGCCAGCGGUCAAAUAGCAGAGUAUAUAGGGAGAAAAGGGUCGUUGAUGAUUGCUGCUAUCCCUAAUAUCAUUGGAUGGCUCGCGAUAUCUUUUGCCCAUGAUUCUUCAUUUCUGUACAUGGGAAGGUUACUGGAGGGAUUUGGGGUGGGAGUAAUCUCUUACACUGUGCCUGUAUAUAUAGCAGAGAUAGCACCUCAGAACUUGCGGGGAAGCCUUGGAUCAGUGAACCAGCUAUCAGUAACAAUUGGCAUAAUGUUGGCUUAUCUUUUGGGACUUUUUGUUAACUGGAGAAUACUUGCAGUUAUAGGAAUCUUCCCCUGCACGAUUUUGAUACCUGGUCUGUUUUUCAUCCCUGAAUCUCCCCGGUGGCUGGCAAAAAUGGGAAUGAUGGAUGAUUUCGAAGCUUCUUUGCAAGUUCUACGGGGAUUUGACACAGACAUAUCCAUUGAAGUGAAUGAAAUCAAGAGGUCUGUGGCAUCACCAGGCAGAAGAACUACGAUUCGGUUUUCCGAUCUGAAACGAAGAAGAUAUUGGUUUCCUUUGACGAUAGGAAUUGGACUACUUGUGCUGCAGCAGGCCAGUGGAGUCAAUGGUGUGCUGUUUUAUUCCACUACCAUUUUUAAAGCUGCUGGUAUUUCCUCAAGUAAUGUUGCAACAUUUGGAAUUGGUGCUAUUCAGGUUAUUGCUACUGGAGUCACAACAGGGUUGGCUGACAAAGCUGGCCGUCGGCUUCUUCUUAUAAUCUCCUCAUGUGGAAUGACUGCCAGUCUUCUUCUUGUUUCAGUAUCCUUUUACUUAAAGAGCGUUUUCUCUGAAGAUUCUCAUUUUUAUAGUUUGAUGGGCAUAUUGUCGGUGGUGGGGAUUAUGACCUUCGUGGUUACCAUCUCUUUAGGAAUUGCACCUAUCCCAUGGAUUAUAAUGUCAGAGAUAAUGCCAGUGGAUAUUAAGAGUCUUGCUGGAAGCGUAGCCACAUUGUGCAAUUGGUUAGGAGCUUGGAUAAUUACGAUGACUGCGAACUUGCUUUUGGAUUGGAGCACUGCAGGUACAUUCGCUCUUUACACAGUCAUGAGUGCUUUAACUGUAGUGUUUGUGACACUUUGGGUACCUGAGACGAAGGGGAGAACUCUUGAGGAAAUUCAGUGGUCCUUCAGAUGAAUUUAUUUGCUAGAAGAGCCGAUUUCUCAAUAGCUGCUUUGUAAUGGCCUCGCACAUUGUGCCAAAGUGAAAUUGGUAAUCUAGUCCGGCGUCAAGCAAACUCUUAUGGCCUCCACCAUUCACAGUUUUAUUUCAUGAUGCAAAUAAAUUACAGAUGUGAGCUUAUUUUAGUGGAAAUAAAUCUUGGGUUGGGUUAUAUAUGUGUUGGAAUUUUAGUCAAACGGGUUUUUUUUUGUAAUAGGACACUUUAAUGGACUUAAAAAUUAUGGGUAGGAGGUAGGCAUGUGGGAUUUACUUUAUUAGGUUAGUUUGAGAUAUUUUAUUUCAUUAAGUAAUUGUUAUUUCCUUGGUGUUAAAGAUAAUAGUUUCUUGCUUCAAUAGAACCCCUAUUCCUACU